AUGGCGCAGGCGGGAAAAGUGGCCGUGGGCCUUGGCCUUCCCGGAGGAGAAGCUGCACAGUGGCCACUGCAGCGGUAUGGCCGAUUCAUGCUGUUGGGUACCGGAGAGCCACCUGGUCCUGGCUCAGAAGUUGAGCAGAGCGCUUCCACCACGUGGAAGGUUUUCGAUUCCAAUGAAGAAUCUGGGUAUCUUGUUCUCACCAUAGUUAUAUCUGGUCACUUCUUCAUUUCCCAGGGACAGACACUACUGGAAGGCUUUUCACUCGUUGAUAGCAAGAACUGGUUGAAGAUCGUAAGACGCAUGGAUUGUCUGUUGUUUGGCACAACGAUAAAGAAUAAGAGCCGCAUGUUUCGCAUACAGUUUGGUGGGGAGUCCAAGGAACAAGCGCUGGAACACUGCUGCAACUGUGUGCAAAACCUGUCCCAGUAUGUAACUGUUCAGAUGCCCGAGGGAAUCAUUCAAGAGCUCCGGCCAAGACCUGGCCCAUGGGCAGGUGGAAGCCCAGGGAAGGACUGUGCAAAGAGGUCCCCAGUGCAGCAUGGGUCCCACCAGAACAUGGAACAGCAGAGGUGUGUGGCAGCCAGCACAGGCACUGCAGAGGAAAGGACCUCAGUGAUGCAGUUAGCUCAGUCUAUCCUGGCAUCGGAGGAGCUGCCCCUUGUCUAUGAACAGUCUGCCUGGGGUGUGGAAGAGUUGGGCCCCUUUCUGCGCUUAUGCCUCAUGGAUCAAAACUUCCCAGCAUUUGUGGAUGAGGUAGAAAAGGAACUUAAAAAGCUGACGGGGUUAAGAAAUUAAUGUUCUAUGUAAAUGCAUAAACCUAAGGAACUUCCAAAGUAUUGAAAAAUGCUUUCUCCUAAAAAGUUAAAGAUAGUAAAGAGUAUUAUUCCAAACACCUUUUGUCAAUGUUUUAUUGUUAAAAACAGGUGAAUCCACUUUUUUAAUACAUCACUGCACUUCAACAAUUACACAAAACACAAGUACAUGCAUCUAUAGUUACGUACUGCAUGAGAACCUGGUCAGGUUAUAAAAUCUACCAUCAAUCAUUAAUCAAUGUGAAAAAAUAGUG